AAUGAGGGUUUCUGAGGAGAACUCACAGGAAAACUGUAUUUAUAGUGGUCAGGAAGCUGGCAUGAAAGCUGGCUGUGGCUAGUAACCGUGUGUACGCGUGUGCUGUUCUUCUCGAUGCUGAAGAAACUGUGUUUCUAGUGAAAGGAACUGCAAAGCAAUAAGUGAUUUUCAUCUACCAAAAAGCAGAAAGAAAAGAGCACACAAACAAUUCCAGCGUCCUCCCCUGACGCUCCAGUCAUCCUUGUCCCAUGUGGAUUUUGGCAGGAGCUGCAGCUUGUAAUGUCAUUUGGAGCUAUUAUAGGGAAGCAGUGGGAAACAUGGUACCAAACGGCAAUGUGCUUGCGUUGGUUGUCAUCUGUAAUUGUGUGAGUGCGCUCCUCCCCGCUAAUCCUCUUGCUGAAAUCCAUUACGGGGCGGCAGCAGCACCCACGCACAGAGCCCUGCUGCAGGCAGAGGGACUUGGCCUCGGGAAGUGGCUAUUGUGUUGUGAUUAAAGGGAAGGAUUAGAUUGGGAUUUCCUCGAACAAGGAAUUCAGUGCCCCACUUUUAUUGCUUGUAAUAAGGGGAUAGUAAUUGCUCUCCAUUACAAAACACCUCAGGAUCUUGUGAUGAAAGAUUUGUUGUAGAGCUAGGUAGCGUUCAGAGUCAGUUAUCUUCAGUGGGCUGGAGUCAUACAAACUCAAGUUUCUCUGCCCCAUCUGAUUACUCCUAGUAGGGCUCAAAACCAGCUGAGAUGAUAGAAAAAUUCUCUGAGUUUGGCUUUGAGUCGGGGGCCUAAUAUUGGUGUUUCGUGUUGAAUACACUUGCUGUAGUGGUGUCAUUCUAUGAGAGAGACAUGUGUGGUCCCACUGGAGGACAUUCAGCCACAUGGGCACAUUGGGAGGGCUGGGGAGGUUGAACAGGAGUAGUGCCAGCCACAAGGCCUGCUGGUACUAGAGCUAUGAGGGGAAGCAAGAGUUGUGUGGGAGCAGGCAGACGGCAGGCCACAGCCAGCAGGCCUCAGCCACUAGAGAACAACUGGAUGUUGUGCCAGAGGUCUCUAGGACUUGUAUUUUGUUCUUGACGCUCACCCAUGGAUUGUGUGGAGGGAAGUGGCUGUGAAGGAGAGAAGAGCUGUUUAGUGGGCAGUGGCUGGCAGGAGGAGGGGAACUGCCAGGCCUCUCCCCAGACAGGAUCUCCUGGCCCUGCUGGGUUUUUGAAGCAUCCUGCUUCCAUGGGCUGCAUGACAGAGAUUUCAAGCUCAAAUCUGUUUCCACUAAAAGUGGAAAAAUAAAUAUGGCUCAGUUUGGAAACAGAAUAUUCCAUGUAAAAUUUGAUUUUUGAUACCAUAUCUCCCCUAGUAUGUUUGCUUUUCAACAUGUCUAAUUUGAGACAGCUCCACGUUUCACAGUAUUCCCCCUUCGAAGUUAACCUCUCCCACAAGAUGUGAUUCGUCACCACUGUUGUUCAUUAAGAGUUGGUGGAAACGUAUCCUUAACUUCUUCAUACAGCCCUAUUUCUGCAGAGCUGAACAGUUUCCCAUGCUACUGCCAUUUGCUUUACUGCCACAAUACUUCAAGUGAAGGGGAACUGUGGAUUGAAUUGGGAUUGCAAGGGGUGGUCAGCAAACCCCCAGGUUAUCAACAGGCUGGGCCCUAACAGCUUCAGAGGCAUCAUCACGCCAUGUCUUUGCAUGCUGAGGGAUAAAAGGCACAAUGGGGCAUGGAUAUUUCCUCUCAGGAUGGGCAGUGGGCUUAGCCCCCUAGGUGAGGUCUGCAGGCACAAGGCUGCAGCCAGCACUGGGCCUGCCAGAUCGCAGCUUGUUCUUUCUAAAGAAAAACAAACAGACAAAAAAAAACAAAACAAAAAACAAAACAAAACAAAAAAAAAAAAACAAAAAAAAACCCAACAAAUGAAAGGCAUACCAAACGUUUUCCAGAUCCUUCAGGGAAUCCUGAGUAUUAAAUGCAGUGCCUUCGCUGCUCCCCUCGGGUCUCUGUUUGAUAAAACAAACUGACCCACUUCCAGUAAAAUUAACGCACUUAAAAUUUCAAAGGCAAUGCUGUUUAUCUUUUGCACAUUAAAUAUGAUUAAUUAUAUUACAAUUGAAAUUGGUAGGUGCUUUUAAAUUGCUUUGUGUCUGUGGUGAUAACUCUACAUGCCAAGGCACAUACAUUUGUGUUGCUUAUUGCUGGAAAUGAAGGCUAUAAUGACAAAGCUCACAAACUUGCAGUGUUCCUAUAAUAAGUCAGAGAAGUCUGGCAGUGCACUUUCAUUUUCAAAGCUAGACCUGAAUCAAGUCAAUAAAGCUGCAGACUUAUUAUGAGAUACAGUGUGGGUAAUGCAAACGACAACAACAAAAAAACCACCCAGAAUUUAAAAACAGGGCAUAAGGAAGAAAAAAAGUUAACCAACCAUAUAAGAAAAAGAAAUGCAACACAAAGGUACUGUGGCAGAUGGUGCCUUGAAAUGGUCCUUACUAAAUUGCAGUCGUGCAUUUUCCACUCUUUUUAAUUAAACAUUAGGUUUCAUUUAUUCCAGAUGUGUUUGCUUCAAAUAAACCCAGAUCUCUUGUUUUGUUUUGUUAAUGCAAAUUCUUCUUGGGUUCCUGUGAUGUGCAGACAGUGGUAAAGGCCAUGUAGUGGGGGCCAUGAUGAUCUCUCUCUGUUCUGGCUUAUGGUUGCAUUCUCCCUAGAUAUUCACAGUUCUUUAUACAGAUGGAGUUAAGUGUGCAGAUGUCUUAGGGACCAUGCAGAGAGUGAGUGAAUGGGAUGUGGGGACGGCUGGGAAGCCUUGCUGCUUGAAUGUGAUGUGUUCAGAAGGAAGGAGGAAAUGGGAAUUGCUGUGAAAUCUCUGAUCCAGUAUAAUGAUUUUCAUCUAUGUGCUUGCAGCUCAAGUUUAUAAAAUGGCCAGACUGCUGUCUUGAUUUAUUUGUACUUAAAGAAAAAGCUCACCUCUGGCAAGGCUGAAGCACUUGAGGCCAUCACAUCCCACUCCCAGCUCACUGCCUGUGCUUCUGCUCUCCUGAUCCUUUUGUGUGACCAUGUGUGCCUGUGGCUGUCACCUUUGGCUGGUGGCUGGGGCUGGGGAGGGGGCCAGCGGGAAGGACAGGCAGUCAGAGGGCAGUUGUGCACUCUGGAGAAGGCAAGAGACGCUUAUUAUUUCACUUAGGACUGUUUGCUUUGGCUCGCUCUUAAAUUCAGUGAUAAACAGCAAGCAAAUCCCUUCAGUCAGCGGGAAUAUAUCAAUAAAAUAUUGAUUCUGAGUUGAAAAGAAAAGAAGGCGAACUUACGGAAAAGGGCACAAAAGGCAUGUGGAAAGUGGCACGGUCUGGAGAAUGAAAAUCACAACGCAUACUUCACAUCAUUCGUGUGGUGUUGGAGGGCAGGGUUCUGGCCUCAUCCUGUGCAUGCGGUUAGAAAAUAAAACAGGCUUGGGCUGCAAGGCAUCAAGAAAGCAGAAACAUUUGUGGGAGAGGGAUGGGAGAGCACUUGUACAUGUGCCCACAGGCAAAGCGUGCAAAUCUGGGGGGGCACCAUGAGAGUGAGCUCAGGGGGGAGCUUGUCCAGGAGGAAACAUGGAGUGACAAAUUCUUUUUGCUUUUCUCCUGGUGUUUGGUAUAAGUGAACUGUAGGGAUUUUAACUUCAAAAUUGUGCCAAAUCAACCAAUGCAGUGAAAAAAAGAAAGAAAAAAAGAAAGAAAAUCUGUUUAUUAACUCAUGUGAAGAAGUAGUGUGAGGCUGACUAAAGGUUUUUCCAAAACUGCUAGUGAAUUUUUGGUGCCUCUUUGCUACUUAGAUGUUCCACUUUUAAAAGUGUCAUGCGUAAAAACUGGGCCUGUUUUAGGCCUGUAAGGUUGGAUAUGUGAAAAUGAAGGCACUCAAAACCCCAUUUUCUUGUGAAGUAAUGAAGCUUGUAAAACAUUUAUCUUUUAUUAACAGUUAACAGCUUUGCAAGCUAUUUCAUGUAUAAAAUGGGCUGGUGCUGGCCUGAGUAGGGAGUAUAGAACUAACCUUGCUGUCUCUUGUUAUUUUUAAGCUGAAAUGAUUUUCCAAUUAGACACAGAAAUCACAGACAAAUCCCUACCUUUCUACUACACCACAGUAGUUCAUGGGGACAGAAAUGCUGUCUACUAAAGUUUUUAAAGUGGAUUAGCUAGUGAAAUUAUUUAAGAACUAAAGCUUAGCCUGGGUAGUCCCAUAAUCAAAAGUAGUUUAUUUUGGUAAUGGUUGCACUGCAGUGGGGUGGGUUAUAAGAAUACAUGAUACUGCAGUUUCAGGGGGUUCACGCAGAGGACGCUGUCUGUAGAAAGUGUCCGUGUUUCUUACCUUACCAAAUAAUCUGCUGUAGCUGUAUGAUUAAGUUAAAAAGAAUUUCUUCACUGUUGGCCAACGAUAAUACGUGAAAAGUCAAUAAACAGCACGGCAUAGCACACAGAGCUCAUCCUGCGUCCUGAGAGAAGGGAUUUCUGCUGACCUGGGUGGCUCAAAUCAGCUAGUAUUUUGAGUUAGGAUCUUUGCUCCCAAAGGCCAAAUGUCAUUAGCUGUGAUGAUAAGCAUCAACACUUGGGUCUGAAUUCAAGAAAAUGUGUCUGCUGUUGUCAAAACCUAGGCAAGGAUCUGGUUGGGAUAAAUUUUGACAAACCCUGGGAGAGCCAGCUCAUGACUGGAUUGCAAAUUGCAGCUCCAUAUCCUAGGUAAAGCCAGGUACACUGAAGCAAGCACUCAAAUAAUAACAAAAUAGCAAUUUAAAACCUGUGCAUGAUGAAGAUGAAGCAUUACACACCCUGCAAAUGGGGAAUUGCUGCCACGGAGCCUCCCUGCCCUGGGGCCCUCCAUUGCUGUUGUGAGGUUAUCACUGAAUAAAUAAUGGCGCUGCAGCUCUUUUUGGGUUUUCAGAAGGUAACCGCAGGAGGGAGAAGGAGGUGGACACUGAUGCUUCCCUUGGGGACAUAUGCUUAUAUUUUUGUUAAGAGCUUGAAAGGGAAGAGUGAUUUUAUUAUGGCUUAAACUACAUCAUGCCACUUCUCAGAGAGCCCUGUAUUUACUGUUUUUAUGUAAAAGCCUGGAGAAGGGUCAUGGUGAGGGAAAGAAAAAUCAACAGCCUGACAGAUUUAAUGUUAAGUGUAAAAAGAAAGAGUUUGUUAUGAAGCAGUAAUCAGCUUAUCCUGCAGUGUAAGGACCAGGGCAUGCCCUCACAUUUGAAGAAGUAAGAAGAAAAGUACAAUAAAACUGUUCCCUUCAGCUUAGUGUUUUUACUGUGCUUUUCCCCAAAGCUGGUGGCUAACACGGCUUAGGUAAUGGCCUAACACUCUUUUUCCUAAUUUUAGGAAUGUAAUCAUCUAGUGGUUUAAACCCACUAUACUCAUACCAGAAAUGGGCUGCAUUUCCCCCCACCCUAUACCAGAGCCAUUAUGUGUGAGAUCAUCUGCUGUACUGAGAGGAGAUUUGCAGUCCAUCCUGCUGUAUAUGUUAGCGUAGUCAUUACUGACCUAGUUGUAGACAUAAUAAUGAAAGGCUGAGAUUAUGAAUUAUUAUGCCUAAUUUGUAAAGGAUUCACUGCUUUUGUGUUUUGCAGUUCUCAUCAGGCUUGAGGAUUAAGGCCUGCUGAAUUGCAUCUUAAUACCAAUGUGCUUCAAAUAUAUGUGGGCUUAUAUCACAUAUUUUCCUAAUUCACUAUUUUGAUAAACAGCAAUUUCACUGGAAAUAUUUACUUUUCAAAAACUUGUUGGAAGCCCAACCAAACUCUGCUGAGCAAAGUGAGCUUGCUGUACCCUCCAUCUGCUCUGAUCCCACAUCCAGCAAGCUCUCCUAAUGGCAGAACACCAAACUGUAGCUCUACCAAAAGAUGUGCAAGCUUUUGCAAUUUGUUAAAGGGAGGGAGAUAUAGCAAUUUCGAACCACCGUGUGGGCUUGCUUUCAAUUACAGCUUGAGAUGAAAACAUCUUAUUUACAUACUUCAUCCAAAUGUUCUGACAGUGCAAGCUUGGUCCUAACAACACAUAUUCCCAGUGGUUGCGUGGUGAUACUGUGAAGGUUCCUAUAAAACAUAAAGGGCAUGCAAUAUCAUUGUAUAUAUGCGUGAGCUUCGGUGGCAGAAUAAGCCUUUCAAAACCAUUUCUCUUAGUUGCCUUCUGCAACUAAGUACAGAAGGCUGUACUAAGCUCCUUGGCAGCCUUAAAUCAAUAUGUAGGAUCUACAUGAGUUGGUAACUUGCUGAGUUUGUGAACAAAUAGGUCACUACUAGACCCCGUUUGUGCCUUGCUGCAGUCUCUUGAGCAGCUCCUGUUGUGUGCAUGGCUCAGUCCUCGCCAAUCUGGAAUCCCUGUCAUUCCUGCAGGAUGCUCCUGCUCCAAUGCCCGCUGCUCUUGCUGCUGCUGCCACUCAGCUCCAGGAUGCAGAAGCUGCCUACCAGAGAUGAGGAGCUCUUCCAGAUGCAGAUUCGGGACAAGGCAUUUUUUCAUGAUUCGUCAGUCAUCCCAGAUGGAGCCGAAAUUAGCAGCUACCUCUUUCGAGACACACCUAAAAGGUACUUUUUUGUGGUGGAAGAGGACAACACACCCCUAGCAGUAACAGUGACACCCUGUGAUGCUCCCCUGGAGUGGAAACUGAGUGUACAGGAGCUCCCAGAGGAAGCCAGUGGAGAAGGUUCAGGUGAACCUGAACCUCUCGAGCAACAGAAACAGCAGAUUACUAAUGAAGAAGGCACAGAGCUGUUCUCUUACAAAGGCAACGAUGUUGAGUAUUUUGUGUCCUCUAGUUCUCCUUCUGGUUUGUACCAACUAGAUUUGCUGUCAACAGAGAAGGAUACACAUUUUAAAGUGUAUGCAACUACUACUCCAGAAUCCGACCAACCUUACCCCGAAUUACCUUAUGAUCCAAGAAUUGAUGUUACUUCUUUGGGACGUACGACAGUAACGCUGGCAUGGAAGCCAAGUCCCACGGCCUCAUUGCUGAAACAGCCAAUUCAGUAUUGCAUAGUCAUCAAUAAAGAGCACAAUUUCAAAAGCCUCUGUGCUGUUGAAGCCAAGCUUAGCUCUGAUGAUGCCUUCAUGAUGGCUCCAAAACCAGGUCUGGAUUUCAGUCCAUUUGACUUUGCCCAUUUUGGCUUCCCCUCAGACAACAAUGCUGGCAAAGAACGUGGUUUCCUAAAAUCACCAUCAAAAUUUGGGCGCCAAACAUCCUCAAAGCCAAGAGUUGACCUGCAUAAAGUUUGUGUUGGGAACAAGAACAUCUUCACGGUGUCUGACCUGAAGCCUGACACACAGUACUACUUUGACAUGUUUGCAGUAAACACUAACACGAACCUGAGCACCGCGUAUGUUGGCACCUUUGCCAGAACGAAGGAGGAGGCCAAGCAGAAAACAGUUGAGCUGAAGGAUGGCAAAGUUACAGAUGUGUUCAUCAAGAGGAAGGGAGCCAAAUUUCUGCGGUUUGCUCCAGUUUCAUCUCAUCAGAAGGUCACCUUUUCUGUUCAUUCGUGCCUAGAUGCUGUUCAGAUCCAAGUUAGAAGAGAUGGCAAGCUACUCUUAUCUCAAAACGUGGAAGGAGUACGGCAGUUCCAGCUGCGAGGGAAAGCAAAAGCUAAAUAUCUAAUCAGGCUGAAAGGGAACAAAAAAGGUGCUUCUAUGCUGAAGAUUCUGGCAACAACAAGGCCAAACAAGCAGUUAUUUCCUUCUCUUCCUGAAGAUACGAGAAUCAAAGCUUUUGACAAACUCCGCACGUGUUCUUCAGUCACAGUGGCAUGGCUCGGCACACAGGAGAGAAACAAAUUCUGCAUCUACAAGAAGGAGGUGGAUGACAACUACAAUGAGGAGCAGAAGAAAAGAGAACAGAACCAGUGCUUGGGUCCAGAUACAAGGAAGAAAUCAGAAAAGGUUCUCUGUAAAUACUUUCACAGCCAGAAUAUACAGAAAGCAGUUACCACAGAGACAAUCCGGGGCCUGCAGUCUGGCAAGUCCUACUUGCUGGACGUGUACGUCAUUGGGCACGGAGGGCACUCUGUCAAAUACCAGAGCAAAUUGGUGAAAACGAGGAAGUUCUGUUAGUGCACCUGUAAAUAGAGAUAUAUGGAACUCCACUCUGAACAUUAUCCUACUUCCCAGUAUACAGUUUGACUACUUGCACAGCUGAGAAGUUGUGGCCUGUAUUUGUACUGUGUAGAAAAGAUAUCAACUUGUAUAUUUAUGUUUACAUAAGUGAUUGUUUGGAGGAACUGAGGCCGGUGCUCUUUGGCAGCAUCUGACAGCUGUACUAUCAUGUGUCUGGUGAACCACAUUCGAUGCUCAGUAGAUGUCUGAGGCAGCAGUAAACCUUGCAGGAACUGACACUCCUUCGCUUCCACAUUGCAUGAACUGCUUCUAAAUUAUUUUAUACUUAAAAGGCUGAGAUAAAUCAUUCAUCCUCCUUAUUACUCACACGCAAAACAAACAGGAAUACACCCUUUCUCUGAGUGUAGAUGGUAGAGUUUCUGUAAAUUAUUUUAUAGAGUCUUGUUUUAAAUGUUUAUGUUUCUAUGAUUGUAAACUAUUAAAAUCUUUCCCCAUUUAAAUACAGAUCUAAACUAAAUAUUAACUGAGCUGCACAUGAUUCAGUUUCAUUGCUAAUGUAAAUUCUUACCUAGCUGAUUUUUGCAUUUAAAUACUGUAUGUAUUUCAUGUACAAAAUUGCCAUAACGUUAUAUUCC